UUUAUUAAAGUUUGUCCUCUUGGGUCUUCAACUUUCAGCUACUAACAGACAAAACUCAUAGGUAUUAUAAAAUAGUAUAUUGACUUUAAACUUUUCCAUUACUUUAUUGUUGUGUUGUGUACUGUGGACUGUGGGGUAUUGAAGCUGCAGCUGGGACAUUAGAAAAAUAUUUUGCUUUCUUUGGUCUUCAAUCAAUAUUUUUCUUUCUUUGAUGGAUAAUAAAAAUAUGAAAAGAAAAAAGAAACAUGGGACACAAGAUCCGACAUGGGACCAUUGUACCUGUGUCAAAGAUGACAAUAGAAUUCAUUUGAGAUGUAAUUAUUGUGGAAAAGAUUAUUGGGGUGGGGUGAUUCGAAUGAAAGAUCAUUUUGCCGGAACUCAUGAUAAUGUUGGUGCUUGUAGUCAAGUUUCUGAAGAUAUUAUGAAUGUGUUUUCACAAUUGUUAAGUGGAAAAAAAUAAGACAAUGUUAUAGAUGCUGAUUGUUUUGAAGAAAAAAAUGUUUGAGGGGAAAAGCAAAGGGGGAACUAUGGAUGCGUAUGUCACAAAGGGGAGGGCAAAACAACAAACUUUGAAUCAAAUGGUAAAGCAAAGGGAGCUCGUGAUUAGAGAUAUUUGUAGAGUCAUUUAUGGACAUGCAUUGGUUUUUAAUUUAGUGAAAAGCCCCUUGUUUAAAAAGAUGUUGAAGUCAGUUGGCGAGUAUGGUGUGGGAUUGAAACCACAUAGUUAUCAUGAAGUAAGAGUAUAUUUUUUGAAAAAAGAGGUUGAUCAUGUGAAUGCAAGUUUAGAAGUGUAUAGGAAGGAAUGGAAGAAAACGGAUUGCACUAUAAUAUCCAAUGGAUGGAUUGAUGGAAAGUUUCGCUCUCUUACUAAUUUCCUUGUUAAUAGUCCAAGUGGAACGGUGUUUAUUAAAUCAAUAAACACCUCCAUUGCAAUUAAAAAUUCUAUGAAAUUAUUUGAGAUGCUUGAUGACAUUGUGAAUGAAAUUGGAGAAGAAGAUGUGGUUCAAGUGGUAACCUAUAGUGCAUCGGCCUAUGUGGGUGCUGAUAGAAUAUUGGAAGAGAAGAGGACUGAAUUGUUUUGGUCCCCAUGUGCAGCACAUUGCAUUGACUUAAUGUUAAGUGACAUAGGUGAGUUGACGGUUUUCAAAGAUACAAUAAUUAAAGCCAAGGAAAUUGCUGUGUACAAUUAUAGGCAUGCUUGGGUGCUUGAUUUGUUCAGAAAAUUUAUAAAGAAAAUUUACCAAAAGCUAGUUAUUAGAGUGCUAAGCCUUACUUGUAGUGCCACCGGGUGUGAGAGAAAUUGGAGCACUUUUGAUCAUGUGCACUCCAAGAAAAGAAACCGGUUGGAGCAACAAUGGUUGAAUGCUUUGGUUUUUGUGAAGUAUAACAUUCAACUUGAGUUGAGGCAAAUUAAGAGACAAGAAAGGGGUGAGACUUGUGAUCCUAUUUGUUUAUCGGAUAUGGAAUCCGAUGAUGAAUGGAUUACUGAGAAAGAGGAUCCAUGUCUACUCGAAGAUCAUUCAUGGAUGGACAUACAAGAGUGCUUCAAAGAUGAUGAAGGAGCAACAAGUAGCAAAAAGAGAAAAAGAGGACCAAGAAAUUUAAAUGCCGAUAGAGGAAAAAGUAAAGUAUUUGAAGAUGAUGAUGAAAUUGAAUUGAUUGAAGGUGGAGAAGAGGAAGAGGAAGAGGAAGAGGAAGAAGAGUUUGAUGAAGUGACUAUGGUAGAUGAUGAAGAAGAGGAUGACUCUGAUAUUGACCUUGGAGAUGAUGAUUGACUAAUGAAGAAAUGAAGACUUUUUGAAAUUUUUAAAUUUGUCUAAUCUAACUUUUGUUUUGUAAGGUCUCUUUUUGACACAAGGAACAAGUAUAGAUUAGAGUUUUGAAAAGUUUAGAACUUGUUAAGUUGUGAACCUUAUUCAUGAUCAUAUAUUCAUGGAAUCAUAUUAUAAUGAAUGUGGAUUGCCAUACAUAUAUGAUGUGAUGUGAAUUUACAUAAAUUAUAUCAUAAAUGCAUAAAUAUAAUAUAGGAUCAUAGGUCACAGUGGGGCUUGGACCCACAUCUAUUGCCAUAGAAGCGUCUUACCUAUUUAGACCACGUGAUCAUCAUUUAAAAUAGCAUUUUCAUUAAUUUAAGUCUAAAUAUUUCAUGUUUAUAAUAUCUAAGUGUGUAAAUAUGUUUAUUUAUUUAUUUGUUAAUGUAAUUAAGAAAAAGUGAUUGAAUCUUUACGAUUUACAAUUCGAUUCGAUUCGCGAUUUGGUAUAUGGCCAUUUCGAUUCACGAUUCGAAUCCCAAUUUGACAACUAUGAUCUCAACAAUUUCUUUAGAGAUGAAUGUUUGGUACUUAAUUUUUCAUGGAAGGUUAUCUUUGGAUUUUUACUUUCCACAGCAGAAUUUUUGCUUAUCAUGUUCUAUUUUUUUUUCAAUUAAUGUAAUUCAUUAUAUUGAAUCUUACGAAUCACAACAUGAUAUGAAAUAUUGGGUUAAUACACAACACAAUACAUGAUUUCCUUGAUCACUGUACUUCACCAACAAUUACUAUAAGCUGUGAACAGGUCAUAUAUAAGGAUAAACUUGUUUUGGGUAAAUUACAUCACGGAUCUCUCUAAUUUGAGCAAAAUUUCACUUCUGUCCUUUGGUAGUUUUAAUUUGCACAAUUUGGUCUCUACACUUUCAAUUUUGUUGCAAUGUGGUCCCUCCAUCAUGUGU